AUGUCUGAUUUGCAAAACCAAGAGCCAAGUAUUGUCAUCAAUGGGGAUCUUAAUGAUGAGCCAAUAGAUACAUUUGAGGUUGAAGAAGAGGAGCAAGUUUUUGAUGAAGUGAAGCCUAAGAAGACUGUUACUUUCAGUGGGAUUGAUGAUGUGGAAGCGGAUGAAGAACGUAGAAAGAGAGAAUUUGAAGAAGGUGGUGGUCUUCCAGAGCAACCAACGAACCCAGAUUUUUCCAAGUUGAACCCUCUAUCACCAGAAAUUAUCAAUAGACAAGCCACUAUCAAUAUUGGUACUAUCGGUCAUGUCGCUCACGGUAAAUCUACCGUUGUGAGAGCUAUUUCAGGUGUUCAAACCGUUCGUUUCAAGGAUGAAUUAGAACGUAAUAUUACCAUUAAAUUAGGUUACGCCAAUGCCAAAAUCUAUAAAGCAGAAGAUCCAGAAUGCCCAGAACCAGACUGUUAUAAGUCUUUCAGAUCUGACAAAGAAGUUGCACCAAAGGUUGAUCUUCCAGGUUACAGUGGACGUUAUAAACUAGUCCGUCAUGUUUCCUUUGUCGAUUGUCCUGGUCACGAUAUUUUAAUGUCUACCAUGUUGUCUGGUGCUGCCGUUAUGGAUGCAGCACUACUUCUAAUCGCAGGUAACGAAUCCUGUCCUCAACCACAAACCUCUGAACAUUUGGCUGCUAUCGAAAUUAUGAAGUUGAAGCACGUUAUCAUUUUACAGAACAAAGUCGAUCUAAUGAGAGAAGACUCUGCUCUGGAACAUCAAAAAUCUAUUUUGAAAUUUAUUAGAGGUACCAUCGCUGAUGGUGCUCCAAUCGUUCCAAUCUCAGCCCAAUUGAAAUAUAACAUUGAUGCUGUGAAUGAAUUCAUCGUGAAAAGUAUUCCUGUUCCUCAAAGAGACUUCUUAGCGUCUCCGAGAUUGAUUGUCAUUCGUUCCUUUGAUGUUAACAAGCCAGGUGCCGAAAUCGAAGAUUUGAAGGGUGGUGUUGCCGGUGGUUCCAUUUUGACUGGUGUUUUCAAAUUAGGCGAUGAGAUCGAAAUUAGACCAGGUAUCGUCACUAAAGAUGAUCAUGGUAAGAUUCAAUGUAAGCCAAUUUUCUCCAAUAUCGUUUCCCUAUUUGCUGAACACAACGACCUAAAAUUCGCCGUUCCAGGUGGUUUGAUUGGUGUUGGUACUAAGGUCGAUCCAACGUUAUGUAGAGCAGAUCGUCUAGUGGGUCAAGUCGUUGGUGCUAAGGGCCAUUUGCCAUCUAUCUACACCGAUAUCGAAAUUAACUACUUCCUAUUGCGUCGUCUAUUAGGUGUAAAGACCGAUGGUCAAAAACAAGCAAAGGUUAGAAAGUUAGAGCCAAAUGAAGUUUUAAUGGUGAACAUCGGUUCCACCGCUACUGGUGCCCGUGUGGUUGCCGUCAAAGCCGAUAUGGCAAGAUUACAAUUAACUUCCCCUGCAUGUACAGAAGUUAAUGAAAAGAUUGCAUUAUCUAGACGUAUCGAAAAGCAUUGGCGUUUAAUUGGUUGGGCUACUAUCAAGAAGGGUACCACUCUUGAACCAAUCGCUUAA